AUUUUUAAACGAGAGUAAAGAAACAUGGCGAUUGUAGUACAGUCUACUGCGAGUUUCUACGCGAAAACUUCGGUUUUUCGUGUUUAUCGCGAGUAAUGUGAGGUGGAAACAACGGUAAAAAACAGUUUUAAUCUCUGGAACAGUGUUGGAUAUAGUUUAGUUCGGCAAUUCAAUUUAUUUGGUGUGUUUAUAGCACAAAAUUGUCCCUUUUGGGUGGAUUCCACUGUCACCUACUUAUUUAUAGUUUUGAUAAUUCGAAAUGGGGGUGGAAGAGGCUGCCGUGAACAGCAUCAUGAGUGGUAUUGAAAACACUGGAGGAGUAAAACAACACAAUCACAAGAAGAAGUUAAGGCAACGGUUUGAUAUUAUCAAAAAACUCGGUCAGGGAACAUUUGGAAAAGUGCAGCUAGGUAUCAACAAAGAGACUGGACAAGAGGUAGCUAUUAAGACAAUAAAAAAAUCAAAAAUCGAAUCAGAUGCAGAUCUAAUUAGGAUUAGGCGAGAAAUUCAAAUAAUGUCUUCAGUACAGCACCCAAACAUUAUACAUAUUUACGAAGUUUUUGAAAAUAGAGAAAAAAUGGUGCUAGUUAUGGAGUACGCAGCUGGCGGUGAACUCUACGAUUACCUUUCCGAAAGAAAGGUACUACAGGAGGACGAAGCUCGUAGGAUAUUCCGGCAAAUAGCUACGGCCUGUUACUAUUGUCAUAAACACAAAAUAUGUCAUAGAGAUUUAAAGUUGGAAAACAUCCUGCUGGAUGAAAAUAAUAACGCAAAGAUUGCUGAUUUCGGCCUUUCCAACGUUUUUGACGAUCAAAGAUUGCUCCAUACUUUCUGUGGAUCACCGCUAUAUGCGUCACCCGAAAUAGUUAAAGGUACUCCAUAUCAUGGACCAGAAGUGGAUUGUUGGUCCUUAGGAGUUCUACUGUACACUUUAGUUUAUGGUGCUAUGCCCUUUGAUGGCAGUAAUUUCAAAAGACUGGUAAAACAAAUUUCUCAAGGCGAUUAUUAUGAACCUUCCAAACCUAGUCCUGCUUCUCCGUUAGUUCGUGACAUGUUAACAGUGAACCCAAAAAAGAGGGCAGAUAUAGAAAAAAUUUGUUCUCAUUGGUGGGUGAACGAAACAUACGAUGUCAAUUGUCUAGAUAUUAGUGAAGAAUUAGCCAACCAAACUCCCGUGCGAUUGGAUGUAUUGUUAUCUUUGGCGCCUCCGGCUCCUCAAUUGGAGAGUGAAAAACUGGUUGUCACUGGUGAUGUAACGGAAGAAAUUAAGUCAGAAUCUGUAGCGCCCACCCGAUCGCAAAGUGUGGGCAGUUUAAUGGAGCUCACCAACCCUGAACGGCGAAUAAUAGAUUUGAUCAACGAGGAGAAGUUCACUCCAAAGAGAAAGCUGGAAAGCACUGUCAGCACUGAUAGAAUCAAUUUAGAUAGGCGUCGAGACAAGAUAAUCAAAGAGAAUACUGUUGCAGAUAUAACGUUACAUGGAGCUAUUCAAGAAGACGUUUCCCAGGAAGACGCGAGCAUGGCUGAAUUACCGCCGCUCAAUAAAUCCUUAACACAGACCAUAACAAAGGAUAGAGAAAUGGAUGUAGAUCCAUAUAUAGAGGGUGCUGCUUGCCAAGAAAUUAUGGAGGAAGUUGAAGGAAAGCAAAAUACUACUCCAAAGAAAUCGCCUACGGUUUCCAAAGUAAAAAGAACACCAUCUAUUAUUCCAACGAAAACCUUAGAAGGUAUAAACGAAAUACCAAGCCAAGAAAAUAUAGUAGACAAAGAAAAUAAGGCAGAAGUACCCAGCAAAGGUGUAAAAUCAACUAAAACCGACGAAAAACCGGUCAAGAAAACUGUAUUGAAAAAUAAUGUUUUGACAGAUAAAAUUGAAAACGAAAAACGGACAGCGACGGAGGAGAGUGCUAAACAGCAACCUAUUAAAGAAAAGGAAACUGAGAAACCCCAAAUUAAAGAAAAUGGCACUUCAGUAUCGAAUCAAGCAAAGAAAACGACUGCCAGCAAGCAAGAUAAGCCUGAAGUGCCGGCUAAACCAACAGAACGACGGAAGUCACGGAUAUUUGAGGCUGCAGAAAAGUUUCAGAGUCUGAUAAGUCCUACAGAGGCCAAACCUUCUCCCAUUGAAAAACCAAAAAAAAUUUUAAUACCAGGGGUUUCCGUUGAUGGGUUUAAAAAAGAAUUUGAAAGAAAAUCCAGUCUAACAUCUGCAACUCCGGUGAAACUCAAAUCCACAGUGGUGCCAAAAAGAACCCUAAUCGACAAGCAGAAAUCUGAAGAUGAAAAAGUUGAAUCUCCGGCGGACAAAACUGCUAACAAGGUUGUGACUAGUGCUCAAGAAUCUAAGAAGAACGAUGCUAAAAGCCAAAAAGUUGCAGAACCCAUUGCAAUUGAGCAAGAAGUGCCUAAGCAGGAAACUCCAAAGACUGAAGACGGUAGAAAGGAUAAAGUUAAGAAUGCGGUAAAUAUUAUUUCGAAUGCAUUAGAUCAAGAAGGGACUCGAAAGUCUAAAUCACGACCAUCCAUGAUGAGAAAACCUCCAGUGCCAUUUGGUGUUGGCGGUCGCUCAGCUUCUGGUAACAUUGGAACAAUCGCCCCGCUAAGUCCUCCCAUUCAAACCAUGGGACCUAAGCCAUUUAUAAGACCGUGUUAUGAAAAGAAAUUGCCUACCAACGAAGCAAAACAAGUAAAAGAAGAACCGAUCCAGCCCUGUGCAGAUGAGCCUCAAACAAGUAAUGCAGAAAUAACUCUGAAAAGCGCUACCUUGCCAAGAAGAAAAACCACUAAAGCUCAAAUUCAAAUUAAUUAUCCAGCACCAAAACCAGCUCAAAUGGAAUUCAGGACUGAAGUUGCUCACAACGUGGAAAGUCCAACGCAGAUUAGAAGUGAGGUUGUAGUUCCUGUUAGUGGGCCUGUAUCUCCUGUAGAUUUGAGGGGUGUGGAUGAUCGAUCAUCCAAAGAAAGAAUUAUACCUAUAGCAUUCGAAAAAAUCGAAAAUGGAAGAGAAUCAGUUCAGUCACCACCUGCUAAACCGCCAAUGCCACGUCCCUUCCAAACGCAGAAAUCAAACAUUUCUCAAAGAUCAAAUAGUCUCUCAAGGCAAUCUACUCAGGACUCCGAUUCUGAAACAACUUCAACAGGAGAACCGAUUAAAAAGUCGGCAAGAGAAUACAUUAUUCCGAUUGCUGUUGAGGGUGGAGGAUAUGUAACGCCUCGAGCUGGAAGUGUGGAACCCAGCGACACUGCAAGCACUACUAGUACGAUGACGAAUAGAAGCAAGUCUAAAUUUGGAAGAGGAGCCAGAAGGUUGAACUCACUUCUUAGCGAUAGAGAUUCGGAGGAUGAAUCUCCAUUUGCGAGCUUGCACAGGCACACCUCUUUCGGUAAAGACAGCGACAAUGAAGACUCGAAGAAAGAUAAUUUCCAUCACAUGCAUCGACUUAGGAGAAUAAGACCGAAAAAGGCAGCACUCGAACAUAACGACUCUGUUAGCUCAGGAGAAGAAGACGACGACGACGGAUUCGAAAUUUUAACAGCCGAAAACUUGUUCUCUACUUUCCGGCUGCCGACCAGCAGCGGAACUAACCAACUGCGCCACUUCGCUACGGCUGCCCUGCCACGCAACCACCGACACUCAAACUACUCAAGACUAUUCGACGACCAAGAAAACCUUAAUUUGGCAGAACUAGAUUUCAAAAAACUAAACUUGAGCGAAGAAGAUCAACUUGCUCUGUCACACUUAACCCCUGGUCUAUCCAGACGAAUCCAAAAGCAGCUUUUAGCCCAACUAACGCCCGCUGAAGUUAGAAAACUACAACGCACCCUCAGUUCGAAGACCAGCGAAGAAGUCGAACGGAAGCCAGUUGAUAGGAGACGGUCUGUUGACCGAAUGAGCUGUACUUUGCCGAGGAAAAUAUCUGUUGAUAAAGACCAAACUAACCAGCCUGACCUCAGUAAAACUUUUUUGAGAACUCCAUCAAAAUCAUUUCUACCCAUGAAAUUUGGUGGCGGUAGGGAGGAGAAUAUACCCACUUGCGAAUUUAACAUAAGAUCUUCCAGUAUAGGAGCUGAACCGAGAGGAAACAGCAAAUUUUUACAUACUAGACCAAAAGUAGCCAGAUCCAUAAGUAGCCGGGAGUCCAGAAUUUCGAAACCAGAUUUACACAGCCCGGAGAGCAGCAUCUCAAUUAGCCUGUCGAAAACCGAUGACACAUCCAGCUCAUACAAAAAAGAUUCGGACAGCUUCAGUUCCAAAUACUCCGAGAGUAGCUUAUCUCGACCUUACACGAGUUAUUCCAGCAACAGCUCAUACUCCCGUUACACACCAAGUCGAAGUUUAUUGUCUCCCACAUCUCCCGACUUACCAAAAGCUGAAAGAAAACCAUCCACCAGACGAAUAUCUAGAUUCCUGCGCCCUGAUUUCUUUGAGCCCAAAGAAGAGAACGUGCUGGUUAAAGAGAAGAAAGAAAGAGAACGCGAAACCCAGCAGGUUUUGAAGGAAAUCAGAGAUAAAAGAAAAAGCCGCCUGAGGUCUCAAUCGAGAACCCGUGAAGAAAAGGGAGAGGAACCUGCCGAAACACCUACAGAGGUUCCGACCGUAGAUGUUGUCGAUGUUGCUGAAAAGUCAUUAGCCCUGAACCCAACCGUAACUAAACCCAGCCACGACUAUGUCAAUUUGCCUCAACCCCUGGUUGAACUGUCUCCAGAAAAGCAAACUAGUGUGAAUAAACCGAGCCAAUCACUUAACAGCUCCAAAGUCAUCCAUGACUACGUGAAUGUGAAAGUGGCCGAAAACAGUGUGCCAACUAUUAAAAAAGAGAGCCGACUCUCGCGGAUAGCUCGACCAAAGAGUUACCCCACUGAAACUAGUGGAAAAAUGGACAAAACUGAGAAACCUCAAACUAGCAAUGGCAUUGUGGCAAUGGACAAGGCUCAGAACAAGGAUGCCAAAGUCGAAGUGAACGGAAAGGAGUCGAAGAUAAGCAAGCUGAAAAAAGGUUUUGGCAAAAAGGAAAAGACGCCGAAAGACGACAAAAAUGAAACAAACAAAAAUAUAAACGAAGAAGAGAAAGCGCAUAAAAACAAGCUGCUGCAAUCUAUCGAGAAAAAACUGGAAAAGUUCAGAAGCAGCGCUACAAAGGAUUCUGAUGAAACCAAGGACACAAUGGAUAAAAAGUCUGCAGUUGACAGCGCUAUUAAACGCCUUAGAGAACAGAGUUUACCAAGAAACUUGGAAUCGUGCACCGAAAGUGGAUUGAUAAAAAGAGCAGUAUCGGUAGAAGAUUUAGCUGUGGGGUCGAAACCACUUCAAACAAGCAGAAAAAGCGUUACUAAAAUACUGGGCUUGUUCAAAAAAUACGAGGAGCAAGAUAAGAAGAAAGAUAAACCUAUCAAGAAAAACAAAAGCAAGGAGGAAAGGAAAUCAAAAGAGCGCGUGAAAGAAGGCGACGAUGAGCCUAAAUCUGAAAGUGAAGUGCCUCAAGCUGGAAAAAAGGAGCGACCCAAAUCGUUAUUGCUGGAUAAAGUCAGACACUUCCAAAACACUUACGACGGUGCAAAAACCGACAGCUUGCUGGAAAAGGUAUCUGCUGCUAACGAAAAAAGCAAGUCCAAGUUGCCGGUAAAUUCGUUCAGAAGAAGUUUAAAUUUGGACAGUCUACCUGAACCGCCAAAGUUUUUCCAAAACAACAGCACUGAAAUAAGUCAGGAAGCUAAACCGGAUAGAAGAAAUUUGAAGCUAGAUCUAAACCGGCAACCUUCUAGAAGUUGCUCGGUUUCAGAACAGCCAGCAGGCCCAAGUGGAAUUGCUCAAGAUGAACUGCAAAAUAAUAAUGAAAAUCGAAAUUCCUUGACGACUACCGAUGAUGGUUCGACCAUUCUCUCUCCUACGGACGAUUAUAUGUCGUGCGACUCUUGGUCUGCAUGUUCAGAUUUUCACCAUUUAAACGACUUACACUCACCACAGUCUCAUAACGGUCACAUAACGUAUUCCGGGGACGAAAACGAGUCGGUUAUUGAUAGAAUAAGAAGAAAGAGCUUCUACACUAGAUUCAACGAAAAGAAAAAACCGCGCCGACCCAGCUUCGCUAACACAUACAAGGAUCUUGAUCUAUAUGGAAGAGAUUAUGGGAGAGAGUACUCAAAGCCUGAUUAUAGCUCGUUGGAUCGAUACCGAAGCCCAAGCGUUACCAGAAGAACCAGUUUUACAUCGUAUAUUCCCGAACAUAAUCCGACACCCAGUAGUUCAAGAGAAUAUAGACCGUAUGCUUGCAGUGCCUCUGUUCUAAAUGACUACGUGAAUGUUCCAGGCGGUCAACAAAACUUGACUCAUUCUUACCAGAAUGUUCCGGGACCGCAUCAGAGUGUGACAAGUCAUUCGUAUCAAAAUAUUCCCGGUUCCUAUCAAACGUACAGUAGCAGAAUUGCAAGACCCAGUACAAUUGCCAAAAGUUUAUAUGCUGGCUCUGAUAAUAAUUUAGAUGAAGCAUCAACUAGCUCAAUUCCUAGACGAUUCAGUCCGUUUGUCCACCGCCCAACACUAGACAGAGGCUCGGUUUCACCGCUAAGCGAACACUAUUUCACAGACAGGCCGUCUUCAAUUAUCCAGUCUCCUACAGCUUCCGAACCUAUUUAAGCUAUUCCUAUUUUUAUACCUUAUUACUUUAAUAUUAUGUUUUUAAUGAUCCUGAAUUUAUUUAAUGUUGCCUCGCUAGUUACAGUUCUUCCAUUAUUUCUCGUCAACGAUGCUGCAAAACUCUAGUUUAUUUGUUUUCUUUAAUCACCAGGUUGUGUGACAUACUAUAACUAACUUCCCUAUUUAAUAUGUUUAAUUUAACACGAACUUUAGUAUUUUCAGUACAGUGUUCAGUAUUUGCUGAAUUAAGGUUUUACAUUUGAAAAUGUAUGAAGAAUGUAUGCUUGAUCUCCCUCAUAGUAUGCACAUAUUCGAAAUGCGUACGCGUUGUUAGUUAAUGCACUUUCUAGUCUAAAUAUUUAUUAUUCCCUAAAGAUUCGAUUUUAAACGGUCGUACAAUAUACAAACAAGUUCAAAAUUCUCCUGUAAUCAACUUUUUUAUAUAACGAUAAUUUAACUCACUAUUUAAUGAGAAUUAGAGUCACGUCAGUAUAACUGCAGAGCGUUUACAUGUACGUUUUUAGAUUGUAACGAUCUGGCUAAUGAUGCAAAUAGACCAUUUUAGUUUAUUCAAUAUUGCAGGUAAACUAAAAAUAAUGCCUGUAAUUGAAUAUGUUUAACACUAGAUAUUUAUUAUUAGGUUACAACUUAUCGACUUUGGAGUGAUUGUUAAACAUAGACAGUUUCAGAUUAGUGAUAGUUUAAUGAUGUAAAUGGCGCUAUAGUUUACGUUUCUUGAUAUUUGUCUUCGGCGCUAUUUCGUCCUAGUUUUAAUCUACAUUAGACCCACUUUAUUUUCAAGGCCUUUGAGUGGAUGCAACUUUCAUUGAGACGCGGAGUUACUUUUUAAAUCCUUUCGAUAAAGAUUUAAUUUCAAGUUAAAAGUAAGUUAUUCGUUUUCAUUGGUUUUAUUUAAUUUGAUUAAGAAAUUGUUCCUCGAAUGUCACCUUCAACUCAUUAUUUAACUUAGGUGUAACUUAGACGCAAUAUCAUAUUCUUCCCUUUUCCUUUCCCGGAAUUUUUCAUAUCACUAGUUUGGAUUGUCCAUAAGGCUUUAAGGAUAUAGAACAACCCCCUUCAACUAUCGACAAUUAUCUAUGGUAAUUUCGGCUCCUAAUUGUUGAUAACGAAAUUUUGUUAAGUCAGAAUAUAUUUAUUGAUACUGUUAGGCUAUUGUUGCAAUAUACAUACAAAUGUAAUUAAACACUUUUUUGAGUUUGCUGUGUGAACUUGUUAUGUAGAGUAUGUUAACGUUUGUGAUUUUAUAAAAGUAAUAAAUUAUAUUAUUAUAAAAA